AUGUGUGGCAUCCUUGCAGUUCACGGCAUCGAACAGCCCGGCGCCGAGCGUUCUCAUUUCCUCGCACUCUCGAAGAGGCAGCGCCACCGUGGCCCGGAUUGGUCGGGCUGUUACGUCGGAAAGCAGAGUAUUCUCGUCCACGAACGUUUGGCCAUCGUCGGUGUCGACACUGGUGCUCAGCCGCUCGUAAGCGACGACAAGAAGACUAUCCUCGCUGUGAACGGCGAGAUCUACAACCAUGUCAAGCUUCGUGCUGCUGCCGGAGCUGGAUACAAAUUCAAGACCCACUCGGAUUGUGAAGUCAUCAUUCCACUCUAUCAAAAACAUGGCAAGGAUCUUGUCAACAUGCUCGACGGCAUGUUUUCAUUCGCCCUCCUCGACGAAUCCGUAGAGCCUCCUCGCAUCAUCGCUGCACGCGACCCCAUCGGUAUCACCACCCUUUACCAAGGCUGGUCCUCCAAACGACCCGGCGCGACUUACUUCUCCUCCGAGCUCAAGACCCUCGUCGAAGAGUGCGACAAAAUCAUCUCCUUCCCUCCCGGCCACGUCUACGACAGCCAGGAUAACUCCACGACGCGUUACUUCGAGCCAACAUGGUGGGACGGCGACUCCGAGGGCCCAGAGGCACCGAUACCUACGACGAAAGCCGACCUGACGUUGUUGCGCGAGACACUCGAGGCUGCUGUUCGGAAACGACUGAUGUCUGAGGUUCCGUACGGUGUUUUGCUGAGUGGUGGUCUGGACAGCAGUCUCAUCGCUGCUAUCGCCGCCCGGGAGACCGAGAAGGUUGCGCUUGCUCAACAUGUCGCUCGUCAGAAGAGGCUCUCAGAGAUCGCUAACGGUCCCGCUACUCCUCCCAUGAACGGCCCCAUCAACGAAGAUCUGACCAUCGCAUCGUGGCCACAAUUGCACUCAUUCUCCAUCGGUCUAGAGAACUCUCCCGAUCUUAUCGCUGCACGCAAGGCCGCUCACUACCUUGGCACGAUCCACCACGAAUACGUCUUCACCGUCCAGGAAGGUCUCGACGCGAUUCCGGACGUGAUCUACCACCUCGAGACCUACGACGUCACGACCGUCCGUGCGAGCACGCCUAUGUACCUCCUCAGUCGCAAGAUCAAGGCUAUGGGUGUGAAGAUGGUGCUGAGUGGCGAGGGGAGCGAUGAAAUCUUCGGUGGUUAUCUGUACUUCCACGCCGCCCCAGACGCGAAGUCGCUCCACCAAGAGUGCGUUAAGAGAGUCAAGAACCUCCACACAUCCGAUUGUUUGCGUGCCAACAAGUCCACAAUGGCUUGGGGUCUCGAAGCUCGUGUGCCAUUCUUGGACAAGGACUUCUUGGAGGUUGCGAUGAACAUCAACCCCGAAGAGAAAAUGUUCAGCAAGGGCUCUUCACAAGAAGUUGACGAGGACGGUUGCCCGAAGAUGGAGAAGUACAUCAUCCGCAAAGCUUUCGACAUCUCACCGGACGGCAAGCCAUACCUCCCACGGUCCAUCCUCUGGAGACAAAAGGAGCAAUUCUCAGACGGCGUCGGAUACUCCUGGAUCGACGGCAUGAAAGACCAAGCCGAACACGCCGUCUCAGACGCAGCCUUCGCCAAAGCCUCAGAACGCUGGCCCCAAGACGUCCCGACGACGAAAGAGGCGUACUUCAUCCGUGACAUCUUCGACGGUCUCUUCCCGUCAGAAGCGGCUGCCAGCACCGCCGUCAGGUGGGUCCCCCGAGGCGACUGGGGCUGCGCGGCAGACCCGAGCGGCAGGAGCGUCAGCAUCCAUGCCGCCGCUUAUGGCGCGAGCGAAGAAUGA